GAGUGAAGUUUCGUCUGGUACAAUUGACUUGACCACAUAUCUAUCGCCUUUUCGGUUUUUGUUAUCUCACACCUUCGGAAAAUGAGCCUUCCACCUCUGGCACAGAGUGCUGAUAAAGCAACUCUAUUCGCAAGACUGGGGUUGACGGACCAUAUCCAUAAAAUGAUGUUGCAAGAGGCGGCAGAAGCAAGAGACCGUCUCAGUAAAGAUUCGGGCAACUUGACGGAUCAAUCGCGAGCAAAUCCUUAUGUCCAGCAACCGUACAAAUGGGAUGAGUUGUCAGAGACGGCAAAACACAGAGAGAUCUUGAGGAUUGCCUUGGAAGCCAGCCCCCAAACCAGACCGUACUUUGACAAGGGCCGCUUUUUCACCUCAGUUGGGGAAGAGAAUUGGGCAACUCGUUGGUACCUCUGGCACAGUUUCCGGUACAGGGACAAUCGCGACAAUCGCGGCAGGGGAGUCGCUGGUAGGCCCAGUCAUGGGUACAGAGGAAAUUUGAGUACCCCUAUGUAUUGGGACCCCGUCCGACACGACCAAUAGCUCGCAAUGACAGAACAACGUCGAUCGCUACCGAACGCAUGAAAUAUUGAUCAUGCUAUUCCACCUUUUACAUGUAGAUGUCUCCUCAAGUAUCCGGUAUCCUUCAAGACGGCGAGCAAACGUAGAUGAUAACUGCUUCGCUGGAACCACCAUCAAGCUGCC